AUGAAAGCUCUCGUCCUCGGAGCAACCGGCGGGUGCGGCGCGCCCUGCCUCCUUCGCCUGCUCGAGCGCGGCGUCGAGGUCACGGUCAUCGUCCGCUCGGCCGACCGCCUGCCGGCGGCAGCCAAGGGCCACACGAACCUGAAGGUCGUGGUCGCGCCAGAGGGUCACCUGGCGCUGCGCGUCGAUGAGUUUGCGGCACACCUGCGCGGCGCCGACGCCGUAGUCUCGAGCUUGGGCCACAACCUCACCUUCAAGGGCGUAUACUUCCCUCCUCGCAUGCUCUGUGUUGACUCGGUGCGCCUCAUCUGCGACGCCGCGCGCCAGCUGGCGCCGUCGACGCCGCUGCGGCUGGUCGUCGUGAGCACGGAAGGCGUGGACCGGCCCGACGGCGCCGACCCGAAGCGCGGCCUGUUGGAGCGCCUGCUGCUCUCUGUCCUGUGGCUCCUCCUGCCGCCGGUCGGCGACAAUGAGGCCGUGCUGCCCUAUCUGCACACCGAGGCGUCGGCCAACCCGCACGUCGACUUCGUGGCGGUGCGGCCCUCUGACAUGGUCGACGGCGACGAGCGGCCGUACAGCGUCUUCGCGACGCUCCAGAAUGGGAUCUUCAACGCCGGCCAGUCGACCAGGGCCAACGUCGGCGCGUUCAUGGCCGACCUGGUGACGAAGACCGAGGCGGACGCCAAGGGCGGCAAGGGCGUCGAGCAGGGCAAAUUCAUUGCGGCGCAGCACAACCCGAACCAGUUUGCGCUCGGACUCAAGGACGCGUGCUGCGUUGAGCCGGGCUGCUGCAUCCUCUCCGGCCUCGGCGCGCCCUUUGGCCUGACCGCGUGCUGGACCCGCAAGGCUGUGCUCGACAAGUACGCGGGCGGCAUGCAGAACUACGUUUGCUUCCAGGGCUACAUCCCCAACUGCUGCUGCAUGGACACGUCCGACAUGUGCCGCGGCUCCGAGCUCGGCCUCUGCCUCGAGGGCUGCUGCUGCCCCGUCUUCUCCAUCUCCAUCGCGCGGCUGCACCUCAUGGACUCCAAGCGGAUCCGGCCCGACCCGUGGGACUACCAGAUCAUCGCCUUCUCAAACUGCCUGCAGCUCGCCUCGUGCAUCCUCGACAUCAUCGCCAUCUUUGUGGAGGAGGCACGCGAGGCGGCGAACAUCGUCGACCUCAUUGCUGACCUCGUCACCCUCUCUGUCGCCGGCUGCAUGGGCGCCCAGAUCAACCACGAGAUCAAAACGGACGCAAACGGCGCCGAGCAGCACCCCCCCUCCCCCCCCCCCCCCCCCUUCCCCCUCCCCCUUUCACCCCCAACCCCCUCACCCCCCCCCGGUCCCGGUAUCAAGGAGCACCCCGUGAAAAGCCUCGAGGGCAAGUCGUGGGCCGAGAUCGACUGGCGACGAAACGGACUCUUCACCGUCUUUGGCUUUGCGUACCAGGGCUGCUUUCAGUAUUACCUGUACGUGACCCUCUUCUCGCGGUGGUUCGCGGGCGCGGCGCGCUUUGUCAACCAGCCGCUGAGCGUCAAGCUCACCGAUUACGCCGGCCAGCGUGACGUGCUCAAGCAGAUUGCGUUUGAUGUGCUGAUUCAUCCGAUCUGGUUCUUUCCGAUGUACUACACGCUCAAGGAGGCGCUGUGCGGCCACCCCAGCCUCUUUGAUGGCGAGUCGCCCGCUGCAAUCGGCAAGGUUGCGCUCUCGAAGUACGCCGCCAACAACUUUGACACCCGCAGCGAGGACGGCCUCCUCACCGACUGGAUCGCCUUCUGGAAGAUCUGGGUGCUGGGCGAUGUGGUGGUGUACGGCUUAUGCCCGAUGUGGGCACGGCUGCCAGCGAACCACGUCUUCUCCUUCGUGUACAUCUGCGUGCUCUCCUUCAUGCGCGGGUCGUCUGCCGAGAAGGACUUGCCCUGCGUAAUCGUCGAGCACGAGAGCGACGGUCCCAGCGAGCAGAACCAAAUCCGAAAGGAUACGUGAGGUGGGUAGACGUUGCGGAGUAUUUUGUACCACAUUUUUAAUGGGCCAGUGUGCUCCCCGC